AUGAAGAGGAUGCGGGAGCCCUCUGAGAAGUCCAAGAAGGCGAAGAAAGCUAAGCUGGGAGAAUCCUCUAGAUCAAGACCCCUAAUUCCUCUAGUUGGCUCUCCAGACUUUCCCUCCCCACCUCCUAAACAUCCAAAUCGCACCACAUCUGAACAAACACCGCCUACACAACAACCAAUCCACUAUGAACCACAACCAACCCAACCACCAUCUAAACAAACCCCACAACCUGAACUAUCCUCACAGUCACACUCUGACAUUCCCCCAUCCAUCACAUCUGCUGACCCCACAACUCCCACACUUAAUCUAAGUGCCCCAAACUCACCCUCCUCACCCUCCCUAGCCUCUACCACUAAACCAGAAACUACCCUUCCUACCCUUGAAGAAGCAAUCCAGGUUUUUGUAGAGUCUUCAGUUGAGAAGGUCAAGUCUCUGACCAUCAAUUCUGGUAUCAGUGGUGAUCCCUCUGCUGUAAGGAUCCACUGGAACAAAGUGAUAAGUUGGAUGACCUCUGAAGCCUUCAAGUUGAAAGGCCUCUAUGAACAAGUCCGCAACAACUUCAUCAGAGACGCUGGUAUUAGACUUCAAGAGCGCUUAGCCAGAGAAGCUGAGGAACGGGAAAGGAAGGAAACUGAAGAGAAAGCGCGCCAAGAAGAACUUCAAAGAAUCAGAGAAGCUGAAGCAAAGGCUGCUGCUGAUACGGCUGCUGCUGAGGUUGAGGCAAAAUCUAAAGCCGACAUUGAAGAAGCAGCUCGCGUUGCUGAAAAAGUUAUUGCCAAAGCCAACGUUAAUGAACUGACUCAGGGGGAGCACUUCAACUCUCGGUUCGUCCCUCUGGUCUUGAAGACUCUAGAGGAACUGCACAAAUAA